CCUGCUCAAUGGGCCAGCUCUGCGGCAAAGAAGACCACUUCGACUCUGUCGGGGCCGGCCAACGCCUCGGCUCGUCCUCGUCCACCGCCGCGCCGCCGACGUCCCACCCCACCUCGGCUCCCUCGGCGGCCGGCACCCCUGGGGCGGGCAGCGCACGGGGCAAGAGCGCGUCGACGAGCCCGCCACAGCGACUGGGCGGGCAGGCCGGUGCGACAGAGUCGGCAGACGCGCGCGAGCGGAGGGAGGCGAUGCUGAGGGCGGCCGAGGAGCGGACCAAGAAGUCUACGACGCGCGGCACGCCGGCAGGGGGCAAACUCGCGAGCCAGCUGGCGAGCCAAGGCCGGGACGGCGGACGGGCGCAGGAGGCGAGGCUCGAGGCAGAGCAGCGAGGGGAACGGCUCGUGUGGGACUGAGCCGGUGCUCCUCUUCCUCGAAGCUCUCUCGCGUUCGCGUGUGCAAUCCAGGUCUCGUUCAGUGCAU